UUGGCCGGCGUCCGCGGGGCAUUGUGGGCCGCCCGCGCCCUCGCCGCCGUCGCCGCCGCCGUCGCCGCCCGGGACUCGCCAUGUCAAGCUCCCCGGUGAAGCGCCAGAGGAUGGAGUCCGCGCUGGACCAGCUCAAGCAGUUCACCACCGUGGUGGCCGACACCGGCGACUUCCACGCCAUUGAUGAGUACAAGCCCCAGGACGCCACCACCAACCCGUCCCUGAUCCUGGCCGCGGCGCGGAUGCCCAGCUACCAGGAGCUGGUGGGGGAGGCCAUUGCCUAUGGCAGGAAGCUGGGCGGCUCACAAGAAGACCAGAUUAAAAAUGCUAUUGAUAAACUUUUCGUGCUGUUUGGAGCAGAAAUACUGAAGAAGAUUCCAGGCCGGGUGUCCACAGAAGUAGACGCCAGGCUCUCCUUCGAUAAGGACGCGAUGGUGGCCAGAGCCAGGCGCCUCAUAGAGCUCUACAAGGAAGCUGGGAUCAGCAAGGACAGAAUUCUUAUCAAGCUGUCAUCGACCUGGGAAGGGAUUCAGGCUGGAAAGGAGCUCGAGGAGCGGCACGGCAUCCACUGCAACAUGACACUGCUCUUCUCCUUCGCCCAGGCUGUGGCCUGCGCUGAGGCAGGCGUGACACUCAUCUCCCCGUUUGUGGGGCGGAUCCUCGACUGGCACGUGGCAAACACAGACAAGAAAUCCUACGAGCCCCUGGAGGACCCUGGGGUAAAGAGCGUCACCAAAAUCUACAACUACUACAAGAAGUUUGGCUACAAAACCAUCGUCAUGGGUGCCUCCUUCCGCAACACGGGCGAGAUCAAGGCGCUGGCCGGCUGCGACUUCCUCACCAUCUCACCCAAGCUCCUGGGGGAGCUGCUCAAAGACAACAGCAAGCUGGCACCGGUGCUCUCGGCCAAGGCGGCCCAGGCCAGUGACCUGGAGCAGAUCCACCUGGAUGAGAAGACCUUCCGCUGGCUGCACAACGAGGACCAGAUGGCCGUGGAGAAGCUCUCGGACGGCAUCCGCAAGUUUGCCGCCGAUGCGGGGAAGCUGGAGCAGAUGCUGGUGGAACGAAUGUUCAACACGGAGAACGGGAAGUAGAGCCCACCUGGGCCGGACCCAGCGCUGCGCCGUCUGCGAACUGGGAUCAGAUUGCACCUGGCUUGCCAUGAAUCUUUCACUUUUUACCAAUUGGAGCAAGGACGGAUUAUAGAUUUCUGAUUUUAUGUAAGAUUUUGCCUAAUGCAUUAAAGCAGUCACUUUUCCUGUGCUGUUUCA